CUUCCUCAUCGCCUCCCGUUUCUCAACACGCCGUCGUGAAAUUUGAAUUGAACAAGUCUCUUACUUCCUCCCAUGUAGCCCUUCUCUUUCUCUCUCUUAAGGUCACCAGCAUCAAUCCCAACUCAAUCUCUCUCUCUCUCUCUCUCUCUCUUCUUUCUCUCUCUGUGUGAAGAUGCCGACGGCGGUGGUGAAGCUGUACAGCCUCUUCUUCAAGUACCACCUCAAGCACAAGCUCCAAGCCCUCGCCCAGUCCCCUCCUCCUCCUCCUCCUCCGACAAGCCCCGGCGAGCAGUUCGGCGUCGCCUCCCGCCUCGACGAGCCCGUCGCCCCCGCGAACCCCUCCUUCGUCGGCGGCGCCGCCACCAAGGACAUCCACAUCGACCCCUCCUCCGCCCUCUCCCUCCGCCUCUUCCUCCCCGACACCGUCCUCGCGCCCCCCGGCGGCGGCGGCGGCGGCGGCCCUGGCCAGUACGGCGGGUACUCGCCACCGGCCGGGGGAAGCCGCGUCAGGCUCCCGGUGAUGCUGCAGUUCCACGGCGGCGGCUUCGUGAACGGGGGGCACAACUCGGCGGAGAACGACGGGUUCUGCCGGAGGAUCGCGAGGGCGUGCGACGUGAUCGUGGUGGCGGUCGGGUACAGGCUGGCGCCGGAGAGCAAGUACCCGGCGGCGUUCGAGGACGGGGCCAAGGCGUUGAAUUGGCUGGCGAAGCAGGCGAAUUUGGCGGAUUGCAGUCGGUCCAUUGGGAAACUGAGGAGGAGCGUCGGGGUCGAGGGCCAUGUGUUCGACAGUUUCGGCGUGUCGAUGGUCGAACCGUGGCUCGCUGCUCAUGGAGAUCCUUCCAGGUGCGUCCUCCUCGGUGUGAGUUCCGGCGCCAAUAUCGCAGAAUAUGUGUGUCAAAAGGCCAUAGAGGCAGGGAAGCUCCUUGACCCUAUCAAAGUGGUGGCUCAAGUCCUAAUGUAUCCCUUCUUUGCCGGGACCACCCCCACGAACUCCGAGGUCAAGCUUGCGAACUCUUACUUCUACGACAAGGCUAUACGCAACAUGGCAUUGAAGCUCUUGUUACCGGAUGAAAAGUUCAGCCUUGACCAUCCGGCAGUGAACCCUCUUGUCUCGAGAACGGUGCCUUUGAAGUGCAUGCCUCCGACUGUGAUGGUAGUGGCCGAACACGACAUGAUGCGGGACCGCGCCAUCGCUUACUGUGCAGAGCUGCGGAAGUUCAAUGUCGAUGCACCCGUGCUGGAUUAUAAGGACACCGUUCAUGAGUUUGCCACUAAGGAUAUGCUGCUUCAGACGCCGCAAGCUCGAGCGUGUGCAGAGGAUAUAGCAAUAUGGGUUAAGAAGUACAUCUCACUCAGAGGUCUCGAGUUUUCUUACUGAACUGGUUAGGAAAGAAAAUUUUGCUAGUUUGGCGAAUCGAAGUAACCAAAGAUAUUUUGAGGGAGAUUAUCAUGGACAGGAAGGCCGAUUCAGAGCUGUGAGACAACUUUGCUUGGUUGACUAUAUAUGCUUGUCCAUGAAGAAGUACAUGGAGAUUAGACUCAGAUCACGAUGAUUGGUGUAUUGCCAUAUCUUUCGUCAAAUGCUGAAGCUUUCUUCAGAGAUAUGAUUGUUUCCAUUCUUUGAAGCGUUUUCCUCCCAUUGUAUAGUCACCAUUUAUUUGUUCAUCUGUUCAUAUUCAUCGGCUCGAUGUGAAGAUGUAUCUUACAGGAUCUGAUCUUAUAUGAAAAUUUGUUCUGUCUCGUUCUUUC